GGAAGCUUUGCUCCGCCGCUCAUCUGCUUAUAAGCUAGUAUUAGACUGUUAGCUUUCCGUUACGUGAUUGUUUGACAGCGUUAAAAUGUUUGUAGUCAAGUACACUGUAGUUUGUGGAUGUAUCCGAGCCCUACCGCCGCUGUCCCGGGAUAUUUCUGAGGAAAAUGGGAUACGCUGAGUGCAACAUUAGCAUGGACUCGAGAACAGGAAGUGUAUCAUCUGGACUGGGGUGCAGCCCUGGUGUGAGAGGACAGACUUUAAAAAGUAGCCCUUUCUGCCCUCGCUCCUCCAGCAAGUUGACACAGUCCAUUGUCAAAGACCACAUGGUGUCUCAUUACAAAAAGGUUUACUCAGCUAAAGCUGCCAUUGAUGCCUCAGUACCCAAAAGCUUGAUACUUAGUGUAAAAUAUAAUGACCAGCUCAGACAGGAGCGGUUGAGGAAAGGGGGUCGUCCUCAGUCAGCCCACUCUCUGUCGCAGAGAAAUAGCAGAGCCUCCAGCUCCUCAGCUCAGAGUAGAUUAUCCAUGCAGUACGACGACAGCCCUUACCUCUGCUCAAGGAGUUCCACGGCCUCCAGCCCAAGGUUCAGCUCCUCUUUUCACGCCAAGGACAUAGUUUAUCCACCGGGUAAAGUCGGCUCUCAGAACCACUCUCAACACAUUCGCCCAGCAUCAGAAACAAAGUACCGCAGCCCGGACACGACUUCCCACAGAAAGCGGUCGGUGUGGUCACUGGGAGCUUCGGGAGAUCAGAGCUGCUACAAGACUUUCCAGGACCCUGUUCAGAAGACGUACAGCGGAGACUUGCUCCAGAAACAUUCACAGCGCUUUACCCAAGACAAACCUUUCACCCCUAAGACCCUGAAAUCAGAAAAGAGUUCAUACCUGUCACAGUAUCGCUAUUACAGAGCACCACCACGGAGGAAACCUACUCAGGAUUGCAGCAACUCUAGAUUGACGCGGCAGGAGACAUAUCAUGGAAGCACAAAAACCAAGGAAUACACACAGGAAUUAUACGAGCCAUCUCAGGGAUUUAAUACAGAGCACGAGUGGUCUGAAGACGAGCUCAACGGCACAUAUUUCUCAGCAUCUAGACAACAGAGUCGAGCGAACAAGAGCAGAGACCGUGAUUUCUUUGACUCCUCAUCCAGGGUCUCACCAGAAGGCGGGAAAUCUCCCUUUAUGAAGGGUAUAUCUGCAGAGGAAGAAGAAUUAAUGUACCUCGAAUUCAUUUCUGCUGUAACGGAGGAUAUCUUAUCCAGAGGGCACAUCUCUGACAGGUUCCUCGACCGUGUGAUAAAACGCCAUAUCGACAUGAAUCGGCAUCAGCUUGAUGUCGGUAAAAUGCGCCACCUCCUGGAAGUGCUGCGUAAAGACUUUGAAGAGCCAGCCAACACAUCCACCUCCACCGCAGAGCUUGAAAAAAAGGAGUAUGAUCUGUUUGAUUCGUUCCUGCCACAUCUGGAAUCAGAGGGGAAUCAAGUGAAGACCAAAGAAGACAAUGACGCGUUCCCUUAUGCGUCACUAAUUAAAUACUGCGAUUCGCCAGAUUACUCUGAUCCCCUAAUGGUCUCUACACCCUUGGGCUCUCCUGAAAUCACCGCAACUAAGACAAAUGAAAAGGAUGGAGAAGAUGUGAGUCAGGAAAAGGGCAUAGGUUCUCCUUGGCUUUCUGAUGAUCAUCUAAAUCAAACAGGCGCACUUGAGUCAAAAGAAGUCAGCAAUGAAAGCCAGGAAUACACCACUAUAGCCAGUGACAAAGACCAAGAUGAAGACGGCUAUGAUGGACAAUCUAAAGAGCUCGAGGAUCUGGGUAGAAAUCUGUCAGAGUCGCUUCACGUGUCGAGCAAUACCCACAACAACGUGGAAACUGCCACUGAGCAACACACAAAUACAGCUGCGUCUGUCAGUGAUGAUGAGUUUUGAGUUUUCUGAGUUUUGCUGUAUUCAGGGAUUGCAUGUCCUUUAAUGUUUUUGUUACCAAGUGAGUGUUUUUCCAGGGAGAAAUAUAAUAUCUGAAAUAUCUGAAAGUAUAGUUUUGUAAAUUUGAUUUAACACUGGUUGUAUUUAUGUUUUUACAAGCCUCACCAUGAUGGUGUUGUAGUUAUAUUAUGCUUUUUUAAUAACCAUUUUACAAAAGCACAAUGACAUGUUCACAUAUUAUGGCAUACAAGGUUUUGUGAGUGCACCAUAGACUUGAAUGCCUCAUUUAGGAUAUUGUAAAGAGGGUACAUGCUGGCUUUUGUGGCCAAUUGACUUUUUCCAAACUAUUACUUAAUGGUAACUACAGUAGCAGGAUUUGAAAAAUUGCAAAGGAUUGUCCAUAGCACUUAAUUGAUGUCAGAUGUGUGAAAUUAGAGUGGAUUGAAAAGUGUGCCCAGUCAGUCUGAAGCAUGGUGUAGCUGCAGUUUACAUUUUCAGAUUUGUAGAAAAACACUUGUUGCAAUGGAGUGUGUUUGACUUUAUAUGCCUGUGAGAUGUAGCAACUAGAAGUUGACUGUCACCAGAAAGUGUCUUUACAGCUGCAAUAAAUUUUCUAUUCUUCUGAUUCUUGCA